GCCAAUCGGAGGCGGCGAGGGAUGGUGGUUUGAAUUGGGGCGGGAGCGGCCGGCCGCGGUGCGCGGAGCGGGGGACGGCCGGCGGCGGCCGCGGGAACGGUCCGUCGUCAUGGAUUUCGAUAAAAUGGUGCAGGAGGGGCUGCGGCGCAGCAAUGAGCGUUUCAUGGCGUCCAUGACUAAGAUAUUAGACCAGUAUAAUCGUGACUUCAAAGACGACAUCCUGGUGUCCAUUGAGACCCUGACUUAUGAAACAUCUGAAGGACCAAAAGAAUGGGAGAAAGUAUCUAGAAAAACUGUAAAAAAGUGGAAGAAAGAAAUACUUACGCUUAAUAGUCACCGUGCAAGCAGCACAG